AUGUAUGGUAGUAACAAUGUCAUAAUUCGAAGACAUCUUUGGCAGCAUUUGUAUGAUCUGAAUAGGAGUAUUGGUCACCUUCCUUGGAUUUUGGGAGGUGAUUACAAUGAAUUCCAGAAUGUAACUCUUGAUCUUGAUUUACAUGACCAUCCCUUUUUUGGGCCUUCUUUCUCUUGGAGCAAUAAACAGAUGGAUUCCUUCUUCGCAAGAAAGCUUGAUCGAGUUCUUGUCAAUUCCAACUGGGUUAGCUCCUUCCCUAUCUCUCUUGUUGAAUUUUUCUCUCCUGUAGACUCUGACCACUGGUUAGACAGAAGAGAACUGAGCUCGAGCAGCAACAACUUAAAUCCUUACAAGGAGUCGACUUAUUCGGCAAUGAACUCCAGUUGCUGCAAAAAAGAAACUAUUCGAGUGCUAGUUGAUGAUAAUGGAAACAGAAUUGAAACUUUUGAUGCUAUGGCCUAUGAAAUUCUUGACUUAUUUUCUAAGUUACUUGGGACUACUGAUUCUAAUGUCAAAGGUAGUGAUCCUCAAUUCUUAAAGGAUAUUCUUAAUUCUUCACUGCCUCUUGAAUUAUCUUCAAGCUUGACCAUGGAAAUUACCACAGAGGAAAUUAAAGAAGCUAUAUUCUGCCAAGUGAUAUACAAGGCUAUUACUAAAAUUUUAGUCAACAUGCUAAGCAGAUUUCUUCCAGAUCUUGUUACUCUUAUCCAAUAUGCAUUUAUAAAGGGAAGGAGUAUUGUUGAUAACACUAUUCUUGCCCAUGAAUUGGUUAAGGGCUAUGGCAGAAACUCUAUUUCUCUAAGAUGUACAUUGAAAAUUGAUCUUCAGAAGGCCUUUGACACCCUCAGCUGGGAUUUUAUUUCUGCAGUCCUAAAAGCCAUGGAUAUCCCUCUGACUUUCAUUAGUUGGAUCGAAGCAUAUUACACUGAAGCUCUUUUCUCAAUUUUGUUUAAUGGCAACUUGUUUGGUUUCUUUAAGGGAGCCAUAGGUAUUAGGCAAGGCAAAACAGUGUCUGUUAUUGGUGUUAUUGUUGCGUUGGAGUCUUUCUAUGAAAUGUCAGGCCUCAAAUUAAAUGCUGCCAAAUAUAGCACUGGUUUUAAUCAAGGUUUUCUGCCUGUGAGGUACUUAGGAGUUCCUCUGGUAUCCAAAAAACUUAUUGAAAAAGACUGCGAUCUGCUCAUUGGGAACAUAAAAUUGAGACUGCAUUUCUGGUCUGCUAAGCAUCUCAGUUAUGUUGGUCGUCUUAAGCUCAUCCGGACUGUUUUGUACAGCAUUGCGAAUUAUUGGUUCAGAUAG